AUGAGUACUUGUUCCUAUAUUCAACCAAUUCAGCCUCAAUUGGUCUCUUCACUGAUGGGGAUGAUAGCCGACGCGUAUGAUCUUCAGCAAUUGGAAUUGUGUGCGGCGCGGACGAUACAGUCAGCGUACCGCAUGUGGCGUCAGUAUGGGGCGUAUCGUGUGGUGAAGAGGGCCGUGGUUUGUCUGCAGCGGGUGUAUCGUGGCCACAUGCAGCGCAAGCGUGCGAUACAACGACGGGAACAAGCUGAGGAGGCGCAUGAAAGGGCCGUUUAUGAGUACUACGCAACCCGCAUCCAAGCAUGUUUCCGUGGGUACUAUGUACGGAGUCACAUGGACAACUUCUAUGCCAGGAAACUGUACAUUGAGGAAACGGUGAAAGCAUCGUUACAGGUGCAGGAAAUGGCCACGCAACUGUUCCACGAGCAAGUUGAGCGGGACACGGAAACACGGCGAUUACAGCAGGAGAAGAGCUACAAGGAAGCGACGGAGAAAUUACGCCAUCUGGUCUCAACGGUUUCUGUCAGUGGCAUAUAUAGGCGCCCUAUGGUUCCCUGUUUGACCAUGUCUGUUUAUGGAACAUGUGUUGAAGAUGACAUUCGGCGGAAUGGCGAGGCUGCGUUGCAUCUGGAACACAUAAGAAAGAUGCGAGGGACUUUAACAACAGGUCGGAGAGAGAGACAGAAAACUGGAGUGGCGUCUGCAACUACCAAGGAAAGUGGUUUCCCGACGAACAAGCAAGUGCAAGGGGGAGUUGGUGCAAAGGGGCAAGGUAAUGUUUCAACACUUCCUGUGUUGCGUGUCGCACGAAACUGGAGAGCAAGAAAGAUGACCACGGCCCUCCCCACAUCGGUGUGCGUAUGUGGGUUUUGGCCCUGUCCGGACGCUUUCAGAAAGCGUUGA